AAGUACGCGUUACUUCUAAAAAAAGGAAAAAAGAAAAAAAUUCAAAAACCCUCAAUUUGUUGCUUCCCUCUCAAACAUGAUUGGAUUGUGCAGGCGCCAAUGCUUGGGACAGCCUAUCAGCAAUCACCUUCAGCUUUGCGCCAAAGUCAACUGCAUGAUCAGAUUUAGAUGAGACGAAACUAUGGACGAAACAACAGUGGAUGAAGACGCAGCAGCAGGUCCAUCUCGGGAAUGUGCUAACCCGUGGCCACACCUCGCAAGACUAUUUGAAUUUUCAGAAGAAAUUAAUGAUAGUUUUCGCUUCAAGUGUUUGCUGUGCUUACCGAAACAGAAUUUUAUCAACGCCUACAAGAAUUCAUCCUCCAACUUGCGGAAGCAUGUUAAGAGAAGGCAUGAGACACAUCUGGAGGAAUACUGUCGAAUUACUUCAACAGCCUGUAAGAGGCCAUCAGAAGGUGGAACAGGUUCCAAGACGAAACAACUGAAGCUGCUGGAGACCAAGCAGGUGUCUCAGAAGACGGUUGAUCGGGCUAUCCUCCGCUUCAUCGUUCAAGGUCUCCAGUCCUUCUCCCUGGUUGAGAAACCAUCCUUCCAAGACCUUAUUGUAGAAUUACAACCGAGUAGUACCGUCAUGUCCCGCACAACUGUGCGUCGCAAGAUUGAUUCAGCUACAUCUAAAAUGAAAGAAUGUCUCAAAAGCGAAAUGAAAAAGGCACCACACAUUGCCACCACUACUGAUUGUUGGACGGCCAGGAGAAGGAGCUUUAUAGGUGUAACAGCCCACUGGCUCGAUCCUUGCAGUUUUGAACGUCGUUCAGCUGCCCUUGCUUGCCGUCAACUAAGGGGCUCCCACACAUUCGAUGCCUUGGCAGCUGUUUUGACCGACAUUCAUGCGGAGUAUGAAAUAAGUCUAAAGGUUGUUAGAACUACAACAGACAACGGGUCGAAUUUCGUCAAAGCGUUCCGUGUCUUUGGUCAGCAGGACGAAAAUAACAACGAAGAGUUAAUUGCAGAAGGCACAAUCGAAGAAGAAGAAGUAGGAGAAGAUUGUGAUGCAUCUGAUGGUGAAGAGGAGGUGGAAUUCAUGGAUGUGGAAGCCAUUCUGGAGGAAGAUGAUGGGCUUCAGUAUCAGCUGCCAAAACAUCAUCGGUGUGCAUGCCAUUUACUAAAUUUGGUUUCCACAGUCGAUGUUGAUCGGGCUAAUAAGACAGAAGCUUACAAGAAGUUGUCCAGAUCAGCUUUUUCUAAAUGUCAGGCACUCUGGAAUAAAGCAUCAAGGUCUCCUCAAAAUGCAGAGCUUAUAGAGCAACACUGUAAGCUUCACUUGGUACAGCCUAAUUCAACUCGAUGGAACUCCUCUUUCAUGGCCGUGGAACGUGUGGUCAGAAUCAUUAGAGACCAAGGAGAGGGGUCUGUGAGAACGGUCUGUGCUGCACUCAAUGUUCCAAUGUACAGUCCGGCUGACAUAGCCUUUUUAGGGGAAUAUGUCACCACCAUGAGUCCAGUUGCGAAGUCUUUGAACAUACUACAAGGAGAAGUCAACAUUCAGAUGGGCUGGCUGCUCCCGACAAUCACCACCCUCACAACCAAGCUUGAAAAGACCAGACCGUCACUCAGAUUUUGCAAGCCACUUGUUGAUGCUCUUCUUGAAGGUUUGAGGAAGCGUUUUGAGAGCAUGAUGUCAGAGCCAGAGCUAAUUGCAGCAGCCAUUCUGGUUCCAAGGUUUAAAACCUCCUGGACCAGCAAUGACACAGUCCUACAGCUUGGUAAAGAAAAUGUUUUUGUUUGUUUGCUUUCAAAAACCUUUACAUCAAACAAUGAUUAUAUGCAGUUGUUUACUUACAGAGUAAUAAUAACACAUGUGUUUGUUGGUGUGAUUCUGUGUUUCUAAUCAAGGCCUUAGUUA